UAAAAGAAGACACAGCAAUGGAGCUUUGGCAGAAAGAGAGUGUGCUUCUGUUCUUACCAUUAUCGAUCCUUUUGUCAGGACUCGUCAAAGUGGAUGCAUUGUCCUAUGAUUAUACAGCCAGCAUUGAGUGUUUGGCACAACCUCAUAAAGCUCAGUAUGGCGGAGGCAUGAUUAAGAACCCAGAGUUAAAUGAGGGUUUGAUAGGAUGGUCUACAUUUGGGAAUGCCGUAAUUGAACAUCGAAAUGAAUCAGAUGGCAACAAAUUCGUUGUGGCUGGUAAACGGAACCAUUUCCAGGACAGUGUCUCUCAGAAGCUUUUUUUGGAGAACGGCAAGCUCUAUACCUUCUCUGCUUGGGUUCAAGUGAGUGAAGAGAAAGCUCUCGUGAGGGCAGUCUUUAGAACAGUUACCGGGUUGAAGCGCGCUGCUGAAACAGUUGCCGAGUCCAAGUGUUGGUCUAUGCUCAAAGGUGGCCUCACUGUGGAUGCUUCAGGCCCUGCUGAGCUUUUCUUUGAGACCGAUAACACCUCGGUUGAAGUCUGGGUGGAUAGCGUCUCCUUGCAACCAUUCACUCAAGAAGAGUGGAUGUCUCAUCAUGUUGAAAGCAUUGAGAAGACAAAGAGAAGGGUAAGAAUCCGUGUGGAAGCAGAAGGGAAUCCCGUAGUGAACUCCAAGAUUUCCAUCCACCAAAAGGCUUCAGGGAAACCAAUCGGUUGUGCUGUAAACAAGGGCAUCCUCGACAACGUUGGCUACCAAAACUGGUUCACUUCCAGGUUUACCCAUACAACCUUCGAGAACGAAAUGAAAUGGUACACCACCGAACCAGUCCGAGGAAAGGAAGAUUAUUCGCUCCCAGAUUCCAUAAUGACAUUAAUGAAACAACACAAUAUUGCGGUACGAGGACACAACAUUUUCUGGGAUGAUCCUCAUUACCAACCAAAUUGGGUGCCCUCUCUCCAACCCAACGACCUUUCGGCAGCAGCUAACAAAAGGAUUAACUCAAUCAUGACUAAAUAUAAGGGUCAAGUAAUCGGGUGGGACGUUGUUAAUGAGAAUUUGCACUCUAAUUUCUUCGAAAGUAAGCUCGGCCCAGAUGCUUCCGCCACCUUCUACAAAAUGGCUGCCGGUAUCGAUCACUCCAUACCUUUGUUUAUGAAUGAAUUCAAUACCCUAGAGCAGAAGGGAGAUGCUGCAUCAACGCCGGCUAAAUACCUUGAAAAACUGAAAAAUAUUCAAACUUUCAUGGGUGCCGAAGCUAAGCGAAUGGCUAUUGGCCUAGAGUGCCAUUUUGACGUCCCAAGCCUCCCUUACAUAAGAUCUUCUCUUGACACUCUAGCUGCCACCAAUUUGCCCAUUUGGCUAACGGAAAUAGAUGUGCAGAGCGGCUCCAAUCAGGCAAUGUAUUUGGAACAAGUUUUGAGAGAAGGACAUAGCCACCCUGGUGUUAGCGGAAUGAUAAUAUGGUCUGCCUGGAACCCAAACGGAUGUUACCGUAUGUGCUUGACUGAUAAUAAUUUCAAGAACUUGGCGACUGGGGAUGUUGUGGACAAGCUGUUGAAAGAAUGGGGAAUCAAGGCCACGGUAGAAGGCAAAACGGAUGCUGCUGGUUUCUUUGAGGCCUCCCUUUUUCAUGGAGAAUAUGAGGUGAAAAUCAGUGACCCAGUUGAAGCAGCCAAUUCUUCAGUGUCUCAGAGAUUCAAGGUGGAACCUAGACAUGAUUCCCAGGACCAGAUUAUGCUUCUCCAAGUUUCUACGUGAUAUAUUCUGCUAUUUUUCCUGUUCAGUCAGUAUUAAACUGUACUGUAGUUUUUCUCAUGCAGAAUAAUGAUAAUAGUUGAUUACAGGUUCUUUCA